CUCUCCGCGCCGCGACACCCGCAGUCCUCCCGCCGCGCCAGUUCUGCGCGCUCCUCACUAGCCGCAUCAUGGUGAGUCAUGCUUCAGUGCGAAACAAUUCAUUUGGGACGACCUUUACCGCAAAUAUAAAACUCAGGUAAUGGACAACCGAAUGAAUGAACCUAACCAAAAUGAACAAAAUUCAAUAUUCAUAACAAAUUUGCAACAUGGAGAAACCGUUAAUUACUCGCUCGUUAUAAUCAAAGGAAUCAUAACAUACGGCGCCUGUAACAAUUAUGAAAAAAUUAGAUGUAAAAGUAACAGAAAUAAAACGGAAUCAUUCUGGGAGGUUUACAACCGUGAAUUCAAAGUGUUGAUUGAACUUGAAAAGGGUGAUAAUGUUAUCGAUCUGGAAUUCACAGGCCUUCACAAAACAAAUCUAUUGUUACGUUACGAGCCGCGAAAGACAAAUCUGAGAGUUACGCCAGUUUAUAUUAUCUGUCAAGGCCACGAUGGAUGUUUUCAAUGUCCACCUGAAAUCAAUAACUCCAUUGAGAGUGCCUGUACUCGCAUUGCUAUUGGCUCAAAGAUCAUACAAAGCGUUACCGCUGAAAAACUUCAUGAAAGUGGUGUCGGACGAAAAACAUUUCAACUUGAACACGAAGUAGAUACAAAAAGCCCCGAAUGUUUAGUUUUCAGGAGUGCACUGAACGUAAAUAAAGCUCGUAAAAUGAAACAAGAUGAAUUGUGGACACAUUUUGGCAGAGAGCUAAUGUUAUCGGAACUUGGAAGUAACGAACGAAAGUUUCUAGGGUUUAUUUCGUGUACAAGAUUUAAAGGAACAGAUAUUGAUAAACCUUUUACGCACGAUGAAAUUGUGUCAAAUACAGAGGCAUAUGCGGCACUUGGAGGAGGAGGUUUAGCAUUAUUUGGAACUGCUUGUUUGUAUACAUGGCCUGCAUCAGUGUCCGAUAUCGUGCCGAAAUUAUUAGACCCAAAUCCUGUAAAUAAUAAGAGGUUCAUGGAUGACAGUGGUUAUCGAGGAACUAUAGGAGGAUGCUUUGCGACAACUUUAGGAUCUGUUUUCCACGAAUUAGGCCACACGUUUGAUCUUGGUCACACAAAAGAUGGUAUAAUGGGGAGAGGUUUCGAUAACAUUGACAGAGUAUUUUUAGUCGGAGAGAAGCGAUCAGCUGCAACCAAAGAUAAUAAUAACUUUAACGGUAAACCAGUGCAGCAUUCAACUGUUUCACUACAGCGUAACAUAAAUGUGACGAUGAAUGUAGCUGAACCCUUAAGAGUUCUAGGCCCAAGAAGUAAAACGACACUUGGAAACUUUGUAUCCAUGUCUAAAUCGGAUAUUGUGCGCCGAAGCCCCAAUGUGACUCCGAUUACAAGACCAUCAAGUGUUUAUUCAACGAUAACAAAUCGAAUGGCCGAUUCAAAAAGAAAUGCAAAUCGUAAUAAUGGAAAUGAUUCCGUUUAUUGGACAAGAAAUUGCGCGGUCUUGUUAUCCUACCACCGAUGGUUUAACAAUGAGUUCGGGAGAGAAAGACAAGCUAUCACACGUUACCUUAAAUUUGAUAAGAAUAAAAUGAUGAUUUUAUCAACAGCUGGAUUAAGAAUUGUGGAAGUCAGAGAUGAGUCUAAUGGUAUGGUACUCGAUUCAUAUGAAUUUACCAAUGUCCUACCGGAAAAAAGAUUUUUGCUUCCUUUUACUUUCUCAGCAAAAAGCAAAGUAUUAACUAUAGUGGUUGAAGAUGAUUUAGGGAAUGUACUAAAACAAUCAUUUACGUAUUAAAUUUACGAAAUCAAAGUGAAUGUGGCGUUUAAGCGUUGUGACAAUAAUUCAGUGAAUGAAACAAUUUAAUUCUGCUUUGAGGCUUUUGUCCAAAUACGCAAAUGUCAACCAGAUAUAGUAGCUAUACAGUAUUAUUUAAGCAUUAUUGAUAAAAGAGUCAGCUAUAUUUUAAAAAGCCGAGAAUUUUUUCAAAGCUCGCCUGAUCUUUGCGUAUUCGUACUAAAAUAAUUAAAAUAUAGUUUAUGUAUGUACUACGUACCUACUUAUUCCGGAAGAAUAUUUUUGUGAAAAUUGUAUUAAUUUUAAUAUUAUGUAGAUAUCAAAUAGAGAAAAUUUAUCAUACAUAAUAUUAUAAAAGGACUGUCGAAAUAGAAUAUUAUAGCUUA